CUACCAAAUUCCAAUCGAUCAUCCUCUAGCAGUUUUCAAUUCCAUUUUCUCGUACCCAAACCUAGUACUCUAACCAAUCAAGGCCAGCUCGAUCAAAAGAAGAAAGAAGGAAGCAAUGGCGGGCGUGGGGCGGAACAUGGUGGCGCCACUGCUGGUCCUGAACCUGAUCAUGUACCUCAUUGUCAUCGGCUUCGCGAGCUGGAACCUGAACCACUUCAUCAGCGGCACCACCAACUACCCGGGGGUCGCCGGCAACGGCGCCACCUUCUACUUCCUCCUCUUCGCCAUCCUGGCCGGCGUGGUGGGCGCCGCCUCCAAGCUUGCCGGCGUACACCACGUGCGCGCCUGGCACGGGGGCAGCCUCGCGAACACCGCCGCGUCGGCGCUGGUGGCGUGGGCCAUCACGGCGCUGGCCUUCGGGCUGGCGUGCAAGGAGAUCCACAUCGGCGGCUACCGUGGGUGGCGGCUGCGCGUGCUGGAGGCGUUCGUGAUUAUCUUGAUGUUCACCCAGCUGCUGUACGUGAUGAUGCUGCAUAUGGGUUUGUUCGGGAACCAGUUCGGUGCUGGUUCUGGCGGCUAUGGCGCCGGAGACCACGGGUAUGGCGACCACCAUAACAAGGGCAUGGGCACCGGCGCCGCCGCCACGAGGGUCUGAUAAGCUUGCUUUGCUUGGACGGAUCACGGAUAAGAUGUAGUACGACGUAUGUAAGCGUGUGUGUGGAGCAGAGCGUGAGUUGUAGAUGUAUGUAUGCAUACAUGGUUGUGUUUGUGCGUGCAUGGUCUGUUUUUUUCUUUAGGGAGUAGUGCAUGUACAAGAUCUACUUGGCUGUGUUUAAUUUUAUUAAUCUUAUUAUGUUGCAAUGAAAUCGGAUGGAUAGGUCGAGUCUGAUUUGCAGACGUGUACCGGCAAUGUUUUGAGUUAAAUGUAUGGAUGUGCUAGUAAUAAAAAAGAUGGGGCGAUUA